GACAAGGGGAGACAGGUCCACGAAUUUAGACUCGUCCGUGGGAGAAAUGAUGUGUACCAAAUACUAAAGUGCCAUUGCGAUUCUCUGGUGCAUUUAAACAAGCUCACCAGUCAACAACCACUGACAUCAGGCUGUAAAAUUUUCAGGAUAAUCGGACUCAAAUUAGUCGGAUGAGACAUUUCUGAAGAUUCAAAAUAAAGCUGAGGAAGUGAGGAAAUGUCAUCGAAAAAAAAAAAACUUGAGUCAGACUGGUGACGAUCAGACAUACAGACAUGAAGAUAAACGGAGUUAAGGACAACCUAGGACCCAGGUAUCUUAGGGUUAUUAUGUAAUGCCCGAGUGAUGGAUGGUCACUGAGGGUGUGUUUGCAACUUCCUGUAGGAUCUUUACGUUGUAAGCCCUGUCUCACAAAAACUGUACUCCAUCUUAACACCAGCGACACCAACGAUGGCAUCAACCAUUCCAGACAUUGGGGAUCUAAAGGCAAAGCCCGAAACAGAAGAUGUUAUUGAAAACGAGGAUAAUUGGGAUAUGAAAAGGCCUUUCAAGCAUGUCAAACAAAUUUUCAAGAUGUACAACGCCGUGGCUACAGAAAACUUGACUCCAGAGCUCUCUGAAAUGGCGCUUAUACUGGGUGGGGAACUAAAAGUUGUCGAAAACCAGCUUCACAUGUAUUACAACCAACAAAAUAGAGACCCUGAAUAUUUCAAAAAGGUUGGACAGACUACCAAAUGCAUGAAAAGUUGCCUCGUGAAAAAGAAAACGAAGGACUUCGUCGCCUUGUGGAAAUCUGCCAAAGACGCGGCUGUCCUUGCUCUGGUGUUCCGCCGACUGAAGCGACAGGCGGGGCUGAUGAAACUGUUCAGCAGAGGCAACGGCAUAGAUAUUGUGGACAGACCAAGCGACGAAGUUUCAAACCAGGAAAAAGUGGUGGUUGUAGUCGAUAAGUUUUCCAAAGCACUCGAGCGAGCAGACGAAUUUGGUCUCACCAACGUGGGCGAACAUAUUUUAAAGGGUGCGAUCGGAUUGGGCGACGAGCUCCCCUAUAUCAAGACUGCCCUGGGGAUUAUCAGCAGCGUAUACGGAAUCUUCAAAGCCCACGCCACGCUCCGAGCCGAGGCUAUGGACUUACUGAAAGUGAUCAGAAAUGUGGAGGUGAUUGUCGGUGGUUCUCUGGUAGCGAAAAACGAAGAACAGUCUUUCCUGUUGGAGCAGCUUGUGGAGGUUUUGGAGGUGGCAGAAUUGUAUAUCAUACAGUGCCUCCUCCCCGACCAAAAUGCCAUUGCUAGGAUUCUCAAAGCCACCGCCCGCGUUGAAAACCUCGACCAGCUGAAGGAGGAGAUAGUAAAGCAGCUGACUGAAGCCAUGUUUGCUGAAAGUGUCCACCAGAGUGAGCUGCUGCAGAAGCUGGACCAGAAGGCUAGCAGCAUGCUGGAGAUGAAGGUGACACUGGAUCAAAUUGCCAACCGUCAGCAAGAACAGGUGGAAGAAUUGAUGAAUAUCAAAGAAAAUUUACAAGAGCUCGCCCAAGAUUUGGCUCCUUCAAAGUACAAACCUGCAUCCAAAAACUUCUUCGAAAUUGAUGGCUAUCGAGUCAAAGUGGAAGGCGGUCGCCAUUUUAAGACAGCAGAAGGAGAAUACGUCGAACUGGGGAGUGGAUAUAAUUACUGUCUCCAGCUACGAAAUGGAACAAAACACAGAUGCCGUGCUGAAGUCAAGAUAGAUGAUGUCUUAAUAGGCAUGUUUGCUUUGAAUGGCGAGGAGGAAUAUUCCAUUGAGAGACCGGUGACUCUGGCCCGUCGGUUUAUGUUCUAUUCCACCUCCAAAGGGUCCAAGAUAGAAGAUUCUGGGAUCGAGAAGAAGAAAAGAGAGAAUGGGUUGUUGGAAUGCACCUUCACGCCAGAGUUGGUGUAUACGUUUAAGGUCUGCCACCAGAAUUAUGCAGGAGUGUUGUCUGAACCCCUCACUGUCGACCUGGGACCAGAACAAACAUUGUUGGAUCUGGUGAAACAAGUCACUGGCUCCGUGCCAUCUGCUGAGAGAGAUAUCGAAGCCUACGUAGUCAACUUCGCAGACCAGUUCGUCACUCAUUAUCAUUUUCAAAUGAAGGCCAUUUCUUCCAUCUACAGGGAUUGGAUGGACUCGUCUUGCGAUGUUGUCCUGGUGAGAGAAAUCGCUAAUGAGGUUAGCGUAAUUAAUCCUGUCGACGCAGAGAACGUCACCACCGAGACGUUCACCUGUGGCUAUUCCUCAGAUGUUACUGCAGAGGUCGUCUCGAGGAACGGCGUUCCCAGUCCAGAGGACGUGAGAGUCACCAGGGAGCAAUCCCGCUCAAACGUGAAGAGGAGUUUUACGGCACUUUUGUUGAAAGGGUUGAUUGAAGUGUCUGAUCCUCCUAAACUGGUCACGUUGGUCACCUUCAAAGGCCAAGAUCUCAAGAGUGAGGUUCAAAAGGCACUGAAUCUAGGUCCAGACAGCUCCCCGGCGAUUAAGAUUCUGACUCGGCGUGACUCGUCAUAUCGAGGAAAUUUCGCUUACACAGCACGCGUGGUCAUUGAGAAGGACAUGUCUCUCAAAGUGACCGCGUUUGAUGGCCGGCAAGGCACAAUGGUCGUGAAAUCAUCCAUUACUCUCUCUGACCUGAAGAAUGAUCUGGUGGCACGGCGCCUGAUGGAGGAGGACGGCGUUGUCUUGGUACACCGGCACAAAGAGAGAGGGGUGUGUGAGAGCAAGUAUUCCUUCGACGAAUUACACGAAACCAUUUACAUCGCGUUCGAGGGAUUUUCAGAUGGGUCAGAAGUCACCGUGAAACCAACAAUGUUCACGUUCGAUGUUCAGUUUCGAAUGCCAGGGUGUUCUUUGGUCCUCCAAGUGAAUAUCGAGGCUUAUAAGACCGUCGCGGCCCUGAGAGAACAAGUGAUGGUAGACUUUAAAACCCAUAGCUCCUGCAACCUGGAUACCUCAUUCAUUUUGAUACGUGACAGAGUGGAGAAGCUACAAAGCAACCGGCAUCUCAGGGAUCUUGGCCUUAGUAGAAACCUAAUAUUAAUACCUACACAGAUGGAAGUUCCAGUUCUUACUCACAAGACAAUGGAAAAGCUUGGCAGCAUCCACGUGUUUUGUGAUGAAACCACCUUGUUUGACGUUGUAAAGUCAGUUCAGAACCUGAUAAAAACCAAGGGAAAGGAGACUUCUUCUGGGAAAGAUCAAACACAAGUCUGCCUUCUGCUUAAAGAUGAGGAGGAUGUUGUGAGCUUUUAUAACUCCAUGAUUGAUGACGCGACCGUGCGUGGCAGGGGCCAGUUACCUCUCAAAUUCUUGACCGCAAGGUGUCCGGUCAUCGAUGUAAUUAUAUCCCAGCCCAUACAGGUAAACUUGAACAUUACCAGGAGCAGUCCGAACAAGACAUGGACUAGAGACGUGGAGACGGAAACAUGCGCCACGCUGUAUCAUGUCCUUAAGAAAGUCUUUGAAGAUCCCAAUGAGACCGAUGGCGAGCUAGCCAGCCAACAGGUGGAGGGUUUUUGUGUCAGCGGCACUGAGCGUGUUAUCGCAGAAGAACGGAAGUGCCUGGCGCAGCUGGGCAUUGAGAAUCAGUCUGUCAUCAGUCUGAUAGAUGUGGCAACUCAUCAGCAGGAUUUAUUAAUGCCCAGACCAGAUGUGUCUCAAAGUCGACUUGAUGAACAGGGUGAUGACAGUAUUGGUGAAGAUUUAAGGUCGAGAAAACGCAAAAGCAGGCAACGUGUUCCACAGGAUGAAAUGCUUCAGGAAGACAACUCCAAUAUUGACGACCGGUUCGAUGAGGUGCAUUCCAUCACAGAAUUUAAGAUUUCUGCCGGUGCCACCACAUUACAAGGGCAUACCAAUCAAGAUUUCCAGAGCGUAGACAAUUUCCCCCUUAAUUUCUCUAAGAAGAUUGUCCUUGCUCUCCGAAUGGUCGCCAGAAAAGGGGAUCAACACCCUCUCCCGAUGGAAGAGGAGUGUGUUCCUUUACACACAGUCAGAUAUUGCAGCAGCGCCAUGGUGCGACCGGUAGAUGGCAGCACUGCGCAGAGCUACGCCCCGCCUCCUGUGCCUGAUGAUGACGAUGAAGACGAUGAUUAGUAAAGACCUGAAUCUAAAAAGGGCAAAGUUGACAUUCAGAUUGCCAAUCAGUUUACAAUGCUUUUGACACGGACAGUCAGAUUCAGAUUUUACUCCGUCAGUCACAACCGGGUAUUUUGUAAUCCGAAUUUAGUGGUCACACAGAGGCGCGCGCGCGCGCGAGCGAAACAGUGCUUCGAUGAUUGCGUUAACUUAGUAUUACUGUCUAUGUAAAAAAAAGCACAAAGAGGAAUAGACCUCGGAAUAGAAGGAUUCAGUUAGUUAAUAUGUCACUGCCUCGACCACAUAAUGCAUUGUUGGCAUGUAGUUAAAGUUGGUAAUACUCGGAUAUUUUCUUAUUGAUGAUACUUAAUAUAAUUUUCUAUUUAAUGAUACAUAAUGAUGAUAAGUCAACAGUUAAAAUUAUUUCCAGCGUGUUCCGUUUCUUCCUGUUACUUGACAAAAUCGGCAGCACGACAGCAAGUUGAGAGAAAGAUGGAAUCGGUUACUAGUACUUUUUAACUGGACUGUAUACAUUGUAGCAAUGUAGACUUUUGAACAAAUAUAAUAUAUUACCACUAGCAAUGUAUUGACUGUAUUUAUUCAGGACAACUUAAGUAUUAUUAUUAGGCUUUAUUAUUAUUAUUAUUAUUAUUAUUAUUAUUAUGUAUACCGUUUUAUACAAUUCACACGGGGAACUAUACGAAAACAUGUUUUGUUGGUAUAGAUUAUCUUUAUCUGAUAAUAUCGUCCAUGGUUUUUUCCUUGUGUGUUCCGUUUCUUCCACUUACUUAGUUACGACAGCAAGUUGAGAGAAAGAUGGAAUUGGUUACUGGUACUUUUUAACUGGACUGUAUACAUUGUAGCAAUGUAGACCUUUGAACAAAUAUUAUAUAUCACAAUAGCAACGAAUUGACUGUAUUUAGUCAGGACAACUAAAGUACCAUUAUUAGGUUAUAUCAUUAUCAUUAUUAUAAUGUAUACCAUUUUAUACAAUUCACACGGGGAACUAUACGAAAACAUGUUUUGUUGGUAUAGAUUAUCUUUAUCUGAUAAUAUCGUCCAUUGUUUCUUCCUUCUCUUACAAAAUAGAGUAGAAGAAAUGGUCGUAGUUAUGGUGCAGUCUUCAAUGUUGUAGAACGUUAAUGCCAAUAGUUUGAGGAUGUCCAAUAUCUUAAUCUAGUAUACUUCACAAAAUUGAUUUUCUUCCUGAACAAUCUUGUUUCUGUUAUGCUUAUAUUGACGCCACAAAAAGAAUAAUUAGAAAAUAAAAUAGCUAGAAAGAG